AUGAACUACAAUUUCACGGAUCGGGUGCGCAAAGUUCUCGCGAUGGCCAGAGACGAGGCCAUCAGGCUGCAACACGACUACGUGGGCACCGAGCAUGUCCUGCUGGGACUGAUCCGUGAACGGGAAGGGGUCGCGGCCACGGUAUUGAUGAAUCUGGGUGUGGAUCUGAGCCAGGUUCACGAGCGAGUCGAGGAGGCGGUCCGCAAGGGAAAGGCCACCAUCGCCCUGGGCGAGCUCCCCUACACCUCACGUGCAAAGAAGGUAUUGGAGUUCGCCUUGGCUGAGGCACGCGAGCUCAACCACUCGUACGUAGGCACGGAACACUUGCUGCUGGGGCUUCUCAGGGAAGAGAAGGGCAUCGCGGCGCAGGUGCUCAACUCCAUAAGCGUGCGCCUGGACCGGGCGCGCGCGGAGUGUCUCAGGGUGCUGGGCUCCGAGAUGAGUUCGGAUGUGGGUGGGGGCUCCGCCGUUCCGGCCGGAGGCAAGAGCGAGAAGAAGUCCAAGACCCCGGCGCUGGACCAUUUCUGCCGCGAUCUCACCAGCCUCGCGAAGGGGGGCAAGCUCGACCCCACCAUAGGCCGCCGUGUGGAGAUCGAACGCAUCGUCGAGAUCCUCUGCCGCCGCAAGAAGAACAACCCGGUGCUGAUCGGUGAACCAGGAGUAGGCAAGACGGCCAUCGUCGAGGGGCUGGCGCAGCUCAUUACCGAGGGCGAGAUCACGGAGGCCUUGAAGGACCACCGGCUGCUGGCACUGGACAUGGCGGCCGUCAUCGCGGGAACCAAGUAUCGCGGCCAGUUCGAGGAGCGCCUCAAGGCCGUCAUGAACGAGAUUUCGCAGGGCCGCAACGUGAUCCUCUUCAUCGACGAGCUGCAUACGCUUGUGGGAGCGGGAGCGGCCGAGGGCGCCAUCGACGCAUCGAACAUGUUCAAGCCGGCACUUGCCCGCGGAGAACUCCAGUGCAUCGGUGCUUCCACGCUGAACGAGUAUCGCAAGUACAUCGAGAAGGACGGAGCGCUGGAAAGGCGUUUUCAGCCGGUCAUUGUGGAUCAGCCGACGGUCGCGGAGACGGUCGACAUCCUCAAGGGUCUGCGCGGGCACUACGAGGACCACCACCGAAUCGUCCUGUCCGACCCUUCGCUGGAGGCAGCGGCCAAGCUGUCCGACCGCUACAUCACCGACCGCUUCCUGCCCGACAAGGCGAUCGACGUGAUCGAUGAGGCCGGGUCUCGCGCGCGCAUCGCGAGCCAGGUGCCGUCUCCCGAGGUCGAGGAGCUGAAGGAGGAACUCGCCGCGCUGGCCGGACAUAAGGAGCUGGCGAUCCGUAAUCAGGACUUCGAGCGCGCGGCGGAGUUGCGCGACGAGGAGCGCGAGCUUCAACGCCGGAUCCGCGAGCGCCAGAAAGCGUGGCGGGAAGCGCGCAGGGACCAUCGCCCCGAAGUCAACGCCGACGACGUCGCCUUCAUCGUCAGCCGCUGGACCGGCAUCCCAGUGACACGGAUGAGGCGGGCCGAAACCCGGCGCCUCAUCAACAUGGAAGACGAGUUGCACAAGCGGGUCAUCGGCCAGGAUCCGGCCAUACAGGCGAUGUCGCGGGCAAUUCGCCGCAGCCGGGCCGGGCUGAAGGACCCGAGGCGACCUAUAGGAUCGUUCAUCUUUUCCGGCCCGACCGGGGUUGGGAAGACCGAACUGGCGCGGGCUCUGGCCGAGUUCCUGUUCGCCGAUCGUGAGGCCCUCAUUCGCGUGGAUAUGAGCGAAUACAUGGAGCGGUUCUCGGUGUCGCGCCUCAUCGGCGCGCCACCGGGCUACGUGGGCUAUCAUGAAUCCGGCGCUCUUACCAAAGCGGUGCGGCGGCGUCCCUAUUCGGUCGUCCUCCUCGAUGAAAUCGAGAAGGCGCACCCCGAUGUCUUCAACAUCCUGCUGCAGGUGCUCGACGAAGGGCACCUGACCGACAACUACGGUCGGGCCAUCGAUUUCAAGAACACGGUCAUCAUCAUGACCUGCAACCUGGGGGCCAGGGAAAUCUCGAAGGGCGGUACCCUGGGAUUCCAUGAGGACAACGCUCAAUCGGGGUAUGAACGCAUGCGUGGCAAGGUGCAGGAGGCGAUUGAGCGCACCUUCAAUCCCGAGUUUCUCAAUCGCGUGGACGAUACCAUCGUCUUCCACUCACUCAGCCGUGACGAUAUCGGCAAGAUCGUCCACAUCCUGCUCCUGGAAAUACACGAACGCCUGAACGAGGAAGACCUGACCCUCACGCUCAGCGAUGCUGCCGUGGACUUCCUCGCGGAUAAGGGCUAUAGCGAGAAGUUCGGGGCGCGACCGCUCCGGCGGGCGAUCCAGCGCUAUCUGGAAGACCCUCUUUCGGAGAUGAUCCUGGUAGCGGAGUUCGGGGCGGGGGACGAGAUCCAGGCGGAUGUCAACGAGGCGGGCGACGGUCUUUCCGUGGGGGCGGCGUCCGCGACCAAGACGUGA